AUGAAUAAAGAAAAUAUUGAAAAACUAAUAAAUAUAAUAAAUUUAUUAGAUAAAAUAUCUACGAAUAAACAAGAUAAAAAUAGUUAUGGUGAGCAUAAUGUAAAUAAAUUUUUUUCAAGUGAACUAUCAAAGACGUUAGAUAGUUUAGAAUAUGGAAAGAGCCUAUUCCCAUUAUGUGAAGAAAAAGAUAAAGCAAGUUCAAAUAUAAAUAAAAUAAUUAGUAAUUUUAAAACAACUAAAAGUUUUUUCUACUUUAAUAAGUCCUCCUCAUUAAAUAAAGAUGAAAAUAUAGGUGAAAAUAUAUAUCAAAAUAUAGAUGAAAAUAUGGAUAAAAAUAUGGAUAAAAACAUAUAUUCAAAUGAGCAUUUAAGAAAAAACAUAUAUUCAAUCUCAUCAAGUGUAAAAAGUUCUCAUAGAAAAAAAGAUAAUAAAAAUAUAACGAAGUACAAAAAUAAUGUUAAUAUAAAUGAUACCGAUAUUCAUUUGAAUACAAAUCAAAAAAAUAUUAAAUAUAAUUAUUUAAAUGAAAUACAACUGAAGGGAAAAAAAUUCAAACGAGGAAACAGUUUUUCAUCUUCUAGUACAAUAUUUUCAUUUAUCAAACUAAAGACAGAUAAUGUAAUCGAACAAAGAUGUACUUCUAAUGCAUUGAGAAAUUAUUUUAGUGAUACAGAGCUUUUAUCAUACAAAAAUAAUUAUAAAAGUAAAUAUAAUUUGUUAAAAAUGUUAAAGAGGGACGAAUUAAAAAAAUAUGAACAAGAAAAAUUUAAGAUUCAGAAUAAAGGAAGAAAGAAUCAAGUUGAGAAAGAAGAAUUAAUCGAAGAAUUCGAAGAUGGAUGCAUUGAUAAUAAUACCAUAGGACAAUUACUAGAAAAAAUAAUAGAACACUUGAAUAUUAAUUUGAAGCAUGUCUUAAAUAAAUUUAAAAAGGAGAUAAAUAAAUUAUGUAAACUUAACGACACCUUAAGUGGAAAAUUGGAAAAUGCCCUAGAAAAUAACGAUGAACAGGCCCAAGAAAUAAGAGAUUUAAAUAAGAAAAUACAUUUAAUAAAAGAUCAAAAAACAGAAAUGCAUAAAAUUAUUGAAGAUUAUGAAUUCAACAUGGUGAAUACAAAGAAAUUAGAAAACUCACAACAAAAUUACGUAAAAGAAAUAGAUAAAUUGGAUGACGAAAUAAAAUAUCUGAAAAACGAACUGAAUAUGAUGAAAUCUACAAACCUUAAAAUAAAGGAAGAAAAAUUACAUUUGAAGGAUAAAUUUAAGAAAUAUAAGGGCAAAUUUCACAACGAAAAGAACAAAUUGCAAAAUGCAAAUGAGUUAAUUUUAGAAUUAAAACUAGCCCAAAAUGAAAGAAUAACGGAGAAAAACUUAAACAUUAUAAAUAAUGAAUGUUCCAAACAAAGGGAGAUAUUUCCAUAUGAAAAAAAAAGGAAAAUUAUUAUCAACAGAUUUAGGAGCGACACUAUAUUGGAUAAUUUUGAGAGGAUCAAAAAAAAAUUAUUUGAAAGUAACGAAAGAUGUUAUAUUUUAUCUAAGACUAAUUUACAACUAUUCAAAGGUAUAAGGAAUAGAAAGAAAAAAAUAUAUACGAUGAAUAGAGAAAUGUCUCAUCUUAAGUACAUUUUAUUGAAGGGAAAAGAAAGAAUGAGUAGAUUUACUUUAUUGGAUUCGAGGGAAAAUACAGAAGGGCUCAGAACCACUAAUAGUAAUGAUUUAUAUAAAGGUCUAUGUAAAGGUUGCUACAAAUUAAAAGAUGAAAAUGAUACAAUAUCAGAAAAAUCGUAUAACAAUAAAAGAAGUAAUAAUAUGAUUGAUGAAAAAAUGUUAUAUGAGAAUUCUAAUAAUUUUGAUCUCAUUUUAAAUAACAAGAAUAAUGAAUAUAAUUUAUUAAAGUAUAGAUAUGAAGUACUAUACAAGAAAUACAUAAAAUUAUUAACAACGUAUUCUUGUAAGAAUCAAGAUUUUACAUUUAAAAAAACAAAAAUAAAGGAGGAAAUUAUUCCUAAGAAGGAUGUGUUUCAUUCUUUUUAUGUUAAGAAUACGAAAAGUAAUAUAGAAAAAUGUCAUUCUAAGGAUAACAAGUUAAUAAGUUAUAUAAAGGCAAAGGUGGUAAACAAAAAAGAUAUGUACAAAAAGAAGUUUAAGCAUUAUGCGGAAUCCAAUAAUUAUAGAGAUUUGGAAUUUUAUAUAUCUAAUCAUAUAUUAAAUAAAUUAGAUAUGAAGGAUAUUCUUAACAUAAGAUAUGUUUAUUCUUAUGGAAAUAAAAAUGUAGGUAAAAUGUUAUGUCAUAAUACGUAA